UGCAGCAUGCUGUCUGAUUGGUCCAGUUUGAAAAUUAUACCGGCCAGGUUGUUUGGAACCAGAUUGAGAGGACUGCAGUUCAAUGUUUGUGUGAAUAAAAAUACACAAGUGAUGGAUACGUGUUUGGACAAGAAACCAGAGAAAGUGGGACCGAUUGUGGUUGAGGAUUUGAGAGAGAAUUUGUUUGCUGAUUGUUGUGCAAUUCCAUCUGCUAUGCCACAGGAUUCUGUAUUAUUUGAGAAAGAGCAUCUGCGGGCCUACCUCAGGAUACGUCCCUUUAACGCAGAAGAGAAUGAAAGUGGUGAAUCUCAGGAAUGUGUCUCCAUGGAGCCACCAGACACCGUUUUACUCAGGGCACCUAGGACCUCUUUAUCAACCAGACGACAAACCAGUCACUCAGACGGUGACAAACCAGUCUCUCAGACAGCCCAACGAUUUCAGUUCACCCAGGUGUAUGGCCCUGACACUACACAGAGGCAGAUGUUUGCUGGCACAGUGAAACGUCUGGUAAGGGAUGUUCUAGAAGGAGGGAAUUCUGUUGUCUUCACAUAUGGAGUCACCAACGCUGGGAAGACAUUCACAUUACUCGGCCCUGAGAGUGAUGGUGGAAUUUUGCCAAGGUCGUUGAACAUGAUCUUCAACAGCAUUGAGGGCAGAGUCUACACGCGGAACGACGUCAAACCACAUCGAUGCAGAGACUUCACCAGGCUCACAAAGUUCCAGCAGGAUGAAGAGACUACAAAUAAGCUAAACCUCUUGAGACUGUCAAAGGAGUGUGGUUUUCUUAAAAGUACGAUGAGCUCCACUUGCAAGUCAACAAUACUGGAGGGUUCUUCCUUAAGCGAUGUCAGUGAUCAGGGGGAAGGAGACAGGUUCUGCCUGGAUGUGGACUCCCACACUAAAUACUCUGUGUGGGUGUCCUUCUGUGAAAUCUACAAUGAGAAUAUCCACGACCUACUGGAGCCCAUUCCUAAUGGCUCACAUAGGAGAACCGUCCAUCGGCUGUCCCAGGACAUCAAUGGCAACACCUUUGUGAAAGCUCUAAAGUGGGUUCAAGUAAACAAUUUCGAGGAGGCGUACAAAAUCAUGAAGAUCGGAAAGAAGAACCAGAGUUUCUCCUGCACGAAGCUCAACAACGUCUCCAGCAGAAGCCAUAGCAUAUUCUCCAUUCGGAUCUUGCGUAUUGAAGAUGUUGGUGUACCCAGAGUCCACACAAUUAGCGAGUUGUCGUUGUGUGAUCUGGCUGGAUCGGAAAGAUGUGGAAGGACUCAGAAUAAAGGAGUGCAGCUAAAAGAGGCUGGCAACAUCAAUACCUCAUUGCUGAUUCUGGGCAAAUGCAUCAACACUCUGAGGCUCAACCAGCAAGCCAAGUUCCGACAACAUGUGCCCUUCAGAGAGAGCAAGCUCACACACUACCUCCAGGGCUUUUUCUCUGGUAGAGGGAAAGCCUGCAUGAUCAUCAACAUCAACCAAUGCGCCUCCAUGUACGACGAGACGCUCAACGUCCUCAAGUUCUCCGCUGUCGCCCAAAAGGUGGUGGUCCUCAAUAUCAAACCAGUCCUUGCCAUUGCCCCAAAGAUAUCUGCCAGAGAGGUGUCCCUCAUCAUCAACAAUGCUGACUGCAAAGACCUAUGGAGUAGGAGGAAGAGCUCCAUGGUGGCUUGGGAAACCACUCUGGAGGAUUUGCAGGAAGAGGAGGAUGAUGAAGAGGAAAGUUGUGAUGAGGGAAUGGCAGAGGAAACCAUUCUUGAGGAACUAAAGGAGAAGCUUCUGAAGGAGGAAGCUGAGAAAUUGGCUUUGGAGUCUCACAUCCGUGAAGAGGUCACCAUCGAGUUCAUGGAGCUAUUUUCCAAAAUGGAAAGUGAUUACAACGAGCGUCUUGCGAAAGAGAGGGAGAUCACCGAGGACCGAGUGGACAAGAGGUUGGAAAUCCUGAAAAAUUUAGUCGGCAAGAGUGUCAGCGAGUGUGCAAGUGUCUCUUGUGACAAGGAAACAACAAAGGAGGAUAAGGUAGGGCUCUUGGAGGGGAUCGUUGACACUAUGCGAGACGACCUGGCUAGAAUCAGGAGGGAUGCGGAGGCUGCACAGACCUGCCUGGUGGACCUGCCUGAGUCUCCUGGCACUGUGGCCAGCCUGAUGAAGCAAGUGGACGACUUAUCAGAAGAGCUCCUCAAGACCCAACAGCAACUCAAAUUCAAAACCAAUGAAAUGGCCGAAAUGAGCAUUGAAAUGAAAACAGUGUGCGGACAGCUAGAGGAAGUGAAGGAGAAUUUGGAAUCUCAGACGCAGAAUUUUGAGGCCUUAAUGGAAACCUGCCAUGAGAAAGACAAUGUGAUAACCAAGCUGCAGGAAGCAAUGGACCAGAAUAGUGAGGCUUCAACUAGGGAUAGGGCCUUGGUUGACUCCAUCAAGGAGGAGAUCCUGAGCUUGAAACAGAAUUGUAAAUGUAUGAACCGGGACAGUCCCAGUUCUGAGGAGGGCAGAAAACGCCAUGCAGAUGUCCUGGAAGACCUUGAUGAUCAGCCUGCCCUGAAGAAAGGGAGUCUUGAGGUCGAGCGUCUCAUUCUGGCAGAUGAGUUGGAGAAACUCCAGGUGGUAUGUCGCCAAAAAGACAUGACCAUUUCACAGUUAAAAGAAGAAAACGAGGCGACGGUUCAGAAGUUGGAGACGGUCAAAGGAGAGAUAAAAAGAAAGAACGAAGUCGCUGAAGAGCUCAAACGUGAGAGGGUUUCAUUCGAACAGACUGUCCAGAAGCUCAGCGAUGAUCUGGAGGAGCAGACUGAUUGUUGUGAAGCUGUUAUGGCCUCGCUGGAGGAAGAGAGGAAAGAGACAGCCAGGCUCUCCAAAGACAACAAAGCUCUUGUCAACAGCAUCUUCCAGCUCCAGCAGACAUCAUUGAAAGUGGAGUCUUCGGUGAAAACUCUCCAAACAGAACUUACCGAACAGACUGAGAAGUCCACCAAGCUUCCAGAGGAGAUAGAAGCAUCCAGAGCACUCUCGAAGGGUCUUAAAGACAAAUCCAACCAAAAAUACCAAACCAUUGAAUCCUUGACUUUGGAAACAGAACGACUCCGGAAGGAUGCGGAGGAACUGAAGGUCUCUUCUGCACAGAGGAACAACUUCAAGUUCCAUGACGCCAUAGAUGCCAUGAAGAGGCAGUGUGAGAUCGUGGUGGAGAAGUCUGUUCAGAAGAGCCAGCGGAUAGCUGACCUGGAGCAGGAGCUCAACCAGGUCAGAGAGAAGCUCUCUGGACAGGAGGAACUCUGCAACCAGCUGGAGACACAGUGGUCGGAGGCCCAAUUCAACCUACAGGGCUACGAAUUAGAGAACGGGGCUUACAACGAAAUUAUGAAGAGUUACGCUGACCUCAAAAAGGUGUCAGGCCACCAGAAGGAGCAGAUCGUGGACCUGGAGGUGCAGGUGCAGGCCUCUGGAGGCAGCUCUGAGAGGGUUGCAGUGUUGGAGAAGCAGCUGGCUGAGAUGGAGGCCCAGUGCAGAGCUCUGCAAGAGAGACUAGAAGAGGCUCAACGGAAACUGGAGGAGGUGGAGAGUCAUGGAAAGUCCAAGGAAAAGGUGAUUGAAGACUUGCGUCUUGCACUGACAGAGCAGGAGAGGACACAGACCGAACAAGAGCAGAUUCUGGAAGCCAAGGUGAAAGAGAUUGAGGCUUUAAGUGAAGAGCUGACAAGUUUGAAGGGUGGCUGCCUACAGAAAAACACAAACGGUGCCAAGUCCUCUCAUGUCCUCAACGACUGUCCCGGCCAGUGCGAGAACGUGAAGUGGGAAUGUCAACAGACCGAAGAGAGCUUGAGGCUGUCUAAUGAACAGUAUGAGUCGGAGAGGUGGCUUGAAGAGAAGGCCAUUCUGAUGAAGGUAGCCAAUGGGCCAGAGGAGGAGAAGAGUCCGUGCCUGGCCCUGGAGUUCUUGAGAGGGUGUUCAGAAGAGCUCCGCUGUAGGCAGCUGCAGACUGAAGAGGAGACCUUGCCAAAGCAGCCCUCUGAGAAAGAAGAGAUCAGGGAGGAGAGUGGCUCUCUGGUGGAGGCCCUUAAAUUAGAGAUGCAGAAACUCCAGGAGAGGAAAGCGGACAAAGAGAGAGAACUCAGGGAGCUCAACGAGCACGCCAACUUCCAAACACAAGAGGAACUGGACUUCUCGGAGGUGUCCACAGACGGCAGCCGAGAGCAUCGCUUCCCCAAACCAGAGCUGGAGAUCCAAUUCACCACUCUGCAACCCAACAAGCUGAACAUUCGGAGGCAGGGAGAGGACAAAAUCACCCGCUCAGCCAGGAAGAGAAAAAGCAACGAGAUGGAGAAGGACCCUGUGGAAAGUGAAAACAAAAAGAAUAUAAAGUUGAGGAGGGACAACAGAGUGAACAUGCAGUCGCCGACCGUGCUCUGUGUAAAAGCAGACCAGAAGAAGCAACAGACCCCAGCAAGUCUGAAAUGCAAAAAGGAUGGAACCCUCCAGAAGAUUGGAGGUUUCAUCCAGAGUUCCCCGAGUCUGCUCGGAAGCAAAGCGAAGACAAUUAUGGGGAUUGUAAGUGGAAGACCUACAGAGCGAGAGAAAGACACAGCAGUGAAACCGAAGAGGACCAAGAGGAAACUGUACAAGACCGACAUCUCCUCCCCUUUGGACAUCCCGUCUCAUCUGAUCCUUGGUCUUGAUCAAGAUGAGAGAAAGCAACCGUCUCAUUAUCAAGAGGCAGCUACGGUUGAGAACAGCAAGGAAAUUAUUACAAACUUGGUCCAAAGUGUCUGAGAGUUUAUUUCUUACUCUCUCAUAUACAUACAUACAUGCAUACAUACACACAUACAUACAUACAGUGGGGCAAAAAAGUAUUUAGUCAGCCACCAAUUGUGCAAAUUCUC